UUUUGCACCGUGUUUUCGAAGCACGUGGUGUUAUGAGCUAUCCGGAGAAAGUUACUUCCGGUGAAGUUGACAAGAUGUCUCACAAGGAGCAGCAGAUGCUGAAAGAGGAAGAGAGAUCACUGGUCAACCUGCACACGAAACUCAGCGACCAGCUCAACAGACUCAAGGUGGAGGAGCUGGCCCUGAUCAGCAUGCUGCGUCUACAGAACCGACCAACGUCCACCACGAUGUCCCAGCACACAGACCAAACAGACGAGGGACCAGUGAGACAGGAGAUCCAGAGUGAGCUGACCCAGUUGGAAGAGAAAUACCAGGAGGCGCUGGACCUCAGCGUGGCCGGGCACCUCGGGAUGUCUGACUACCAUGAAGAAGAGGAGGAAGAAGACGAAGACGAUGAAGAUGAUGAUGAACCAGAGACUGUCACAGACCAGUUGUCAGCUUUCCUGGAUGAACUGUCUGCCAGAAACAAGUGAAGGUCAAAGUUGACAUCACUGGACAGGACAAGUUACUGCAUCUCACACAAACCAGAUUCGGUACAUCGUGUUGUUCAGCCUCUUCUUUCAUUCAGUGGAGCCACUGACCUGCUGAGACUGACCAGCCAUGUAUAUCAUACAGUUAUUAGGUUUGGAUGCUUACAAUAAAUUAAGACUGUGAUGUUGAAAUGUCAUAAAGGACAGAAGUCCAACCUAAUGUAUUCUGUAUGCUCUGGAUCAGUUCAUAUUCUGGAAUAGUGUGGAAGGCAGGAACCUGGAUUAUCUUCUGAUGCAGACCAGGGUAUGAAACUCCCAAACCUUUCAGCCAAGCCACAGGGCUGGUUAGAUGUAAAGCUUGCCAACUCUGACCAAACCUUACCUGCCCACCCCACCAAAAAUACUAAUUUACUUAGUAUAAUUAAAUUAAAACUUGUAAAAUAUUGAAAAAACUCAUGCCAAUGCAAGAAAAGAA